ACGUCAACGGAGACGGAGAAAAUUUGUUUUGUGAGUUGGAAACGGCACAAAAAAAACGGCGCUCAAUAAAUGUACAUAUAGAAAAAUGAGAAACGACAAUUAACAACAAAUAGCGCGCGUCGUGUUCCGUUUCAGUUUAUUUGUUUUCAGUCCAUUAUUUAAUCGUGUACUCUUUUUGGUUUGCUGUCUUUGUGUCUGAGCUGCAAGACAGAGAGGGGCAGAACUUCGCUUCUCUGUUAGUGAGGGUGGAGGUGGAGGUGGAGGGUGUUGCUUGUUUGUGAAAAGAGACUCGAAUAGAAAAGCAGUGCUGCGGCGCGGAAUCAAUAUCGAUGGUACGCACCAAAAACCAAUCGUCCUCAUCCAGCGCUAGCAGCAGCACCAAAUCGCCGGUCAAGAUCAGCGGAGGCGGAAGCAGCGGCACAAAUCGCAGUCGUAGCUGCAGUGAAGCAUUAAUCGAUGACGGCAAAACUAGUUCGAAACUGUCGUCAAAUCGUCAACGCACUACAAUAACAACAACUACAGCUACAACUCCUGGCAGUUCACCAGACGACGACACCACCGAUGCGGAUUUAACACCAACCAGUGGAAUCGGGCCAAGAGGCGGCACUUCAGUACAUAAGCAAAAUCUCUACGUUGUUUCAUUUCCCAUUAUAUUUCUGUUCAACGUAUUGCGCUCUCUGAUAUAUCAGCUGUUCUGUAUUUUUCGCUAUUUGUACGGAGCGAGCACAAAGGUGAUCUAUCGUAGUCCGCAUCGACGCGACUGCAACAUCGAGAUCGUUGUCCAGAACUCUAAGGAGCAGCAGGCCAUUAUUUGUCCACUGGAGCGGAAUAACGACGGCAUUGAACAGGCUCAGGCACUGCCACAAAGACAACGCGCUUUGCUCCCACUGGAAAUGGCAUCCAAUCGGGUAGGAAGCGGUGGCUACUCCCCUGGCCCCGGUGAUCCGCUGCUGGCCAAGCAGAAACAUCACCAUCGACGAGCAUUCGAGUACAUUUCCAAAGCGCUCAAAAUCGACGAGGAGAACGAAGGCCACAAGGAGCUGGCCAUUGAGCUGUAUCGCAAGGGCAUCAAGGAGCUGGAGGAUGGCAUUGCUGUUGACUGCUGGAGUGGACGCGGGGAUGUUUGGGAUCGCGCCCAGCGCUUGCAUGAGAAAAUGCAAACCAAUCUCUCCAUGGCCCGUGAUCGUCUGCACUUUCUCGCUUUGCGUGAGGAAGAUUUGCAAAUGCAACGUUUGUCCCUGGUGGAACCGCCAAAGAAGCAGAUCACAUCAAAAUUCAAACAACCCAUGCUCGUGGGUCAAACGAACAGCAAAGCAGGUGUUGAGCCACCAAAAAUAACAAUGCGCAGCAGCGGCUAUGGACCCAAAACCGUCGGCGUCGGCGUCAGUGGGGUCAGCGCAAGCUCGUCGAAAGCAUUGCUAGCGGCGUCUGGACGCAAAUUGACCAUUGGCAACAAACGACCCGGCAAUCUGCCCGUUGUUAACAAGUCACAAACGCUGCCACGCAAUCUUGGAUCGAAGACAACCUCAACAUCUGUAGGCGUCGCUUUACAGCGUCAGCCAGGAAAAACGGCAGCGACUCCACCGGCUGUGCGCCGCCAAUUUUCUUCUGGUCGUAAUACGCCACCGCAGCGCUCGCGUACUCCCAUUAAUAACAAUGCAGCCAGCGGCAAUGGCAGCGGCGCUAGCACACCUAUGAUAAGUGUAAAAGGUGUGGAACAGAAACUGGUGCAGCUGAUACUCGAUGAAAUAGUUGAGGGUGGCGCCAAAGUAGAGUGGACCGAUAUUGCUGGCCAGGAUGUGGCUAAGCAGGCGCUGCAGGAGAUGGUCAUUUUGCCAUCCGUCCGUCCCGAGCUCUUUACAGGCCUGCGCGCACCUGCCAAGGGUCUGCUGCUGUUCGGACCACCAGGCAAUGGCAAAACAUUAUUGGCACGCGCCGUUGCCACCGAGUGCAGUGCCACAUUCCUAAACAUCUCGGCUGCCUCGCUGACCAGCAAGUAUGUGGGCGAUGGUGAGAAAUUGGUGCGCGCCCUUUUCGCGGUGGCUCGCCACAUGCAGCCGUCGAUAAUAUUUAUUGAUGAGGUUGACUCAUUGCUUUCGGAGCGCAGCAGUAGCGAGCAUGAAGCGUCGCGUCGCCUUAAAACUGAAUUCCUGGUUGAAUUCGAUGGGCUACCGGGGAAUCCAGAUGGAGACCGCAUUGUUGUGCUGGCUGCUACCAAUCGACCGCAAGAGCUGGACGAGGCUGCCCUGCGUCGGUUUACCAAGCGUGUUUAUGUAUCAUUGCCCGAUGUACAGACACGAGAACUCCUUUUAACUCGUCUGCUCCAGAAGCAGGGUAGUCCGCUGGAUACAGAAGCUCUAGGACGCUUGGCGAAAAUAACCGAUGGUUAUUCGGGCUCGGAUUUAACUGCGCUGGCCAAGGAUGCCGCAUUGGAGCCCAUACGAGAACUAAAUGUGGAGCAGGUCAAGUGUCUAGAUAUAAGCGCUAUGCGCCCAAUCACCGAGAAGGAUUUCCAUAAUUCGCUGAAGCGAAUACGUCGUUCAGUGGCUCCACAAAGUCUCAACUCAUAUGAGAAAUGGUCGCAGGAUUAUGGCGACAUUACCAUUUAGUUUGGUCGCAUUUUGUAUUGUAAUUUCUUUUACGUUUCCAAUUGUUUGUUUUUUUUUUUUUUUGGUGAAACCCACCCAAAUGCAGAUAAGCCCAGCGGGCAGUCCAAAGCUAAGCACAAUACCAGAAACUAGGACACAACGCCCACUUGUCCACGUCCAUGGCCAAUUAGCCACACAGCUUUAGAUGCCGACGCAAAUGUUUGUGAUGUGAGUGAUGGAAUUUACAUUUUGUUGUUCAUGCUGUGUUGCACUUGCAACAUGCAGUAUGCAGCCACAUUAGUUUUCAUCAUUGACUCGUAUUUUUAAUAUUUUUCAAGAGCGUUUCAUUAAGAGUUCAACUUUUAUCUUCUUGGUAGUCUUUAAUUGUUUUCACAAGUUUUGUUGAUUUAUGUAUGAAUACGAAAAUGAAGUUGCAAAUCAUUUCUUUAAUUUUGUCUCAUACAAUUUGCGUGUGUUUAGGAUAUAUGCUUAAGAAUAUUGUACGAAUUUUCAAUCUAAGUUUUCUUUUAUUAAUGCUAUGUUAAAACACGGUGCCGAGAUCAUAGUCCAUACGAACAUUAAUAAUAAGCGAUACUGUGAAGAACAUAUUGCAAACUAUAAUUAUUUAUCUCAUUCAAGAUUUGUCUACAAGGAAUUUAUUAUAAAUUAAGUAAACAGUUGUAAAAUGUAUAAUUUUCCUUUACUUUUCAAUUAUUUAAUACUACUUUU